AUGGCUGCUGUGGAUCUCGGCCGGUACCGUCGAAUCGUGCAGAUAUUCUGGGAUCCUGAGCCUACAAAUGACUACCGGGUCGACCUUCCCGUCUGGUGCUUGGGUCGGUCAUACAAUCUAAGCACCAAGGCUGGUAAAGAUAAGGGCAGCCGUGGCCAGACGCAGCCUACAACAGACACUGCCAGUUCCCAGACCAACGUUAAUAGCCCAUCACCAGUGCCCCCAGCUCUGGGUCCCGAGACUCCUCCCGAUUCAGUGUCCAGCAGUUUCUCCUCCUCUUUGGCGUACGACGAUGAUUACUCUGUUCAAGAUGGAGGUUGGCCCGCUGCAUUCUUGGAUGAUUUCGAGUCCAAGUUCUGGAUGACGUAUCGGUCCGAAUUCGAGCUUAUAGCCAAGUCUACUGAUCCUCGCGCUUCAUCAGCGUUGUCCUUGUCGAUGCGGAUCAAGAGUCAGUUGGUUGAUCAAAGUGGGUUUUCAUCCGACAGCGGAUGGGGUUGCAUGAUUCGGUCGGGUCAGAUGCUUCUGGCGAACGCGAUGGCUAUCACCAAUCUCGGUCGUGUUGCUUGCGGAAAAUAUCCUGGGGAAUGGUUCGGCCCGUCUGCGACUGCCCGCUGCAUCCAGUCUCUGACCAACGCCCAAGAGCAACCGUCUUUGAGGGUAUAUUCUACUGGCGAUGGACCGGACGUUUACGAGGACAAAUUUAUGAAGAUUGCGAAGCCUGAUGGCACUCGAUUCCAUCCGACACUCAUUCUGGUGGGCACGAGGCUGGGCAUCGACAAGAUCACACCUGUCUACUGGGAUGCUCUGAUCGCUGCUCUACAGAUGCCACAGUCCGUAGGUAUCGCCGGAGGCCGGCCAUCUGCCUCACACUAUUUCAUAGGGGCACAAGGUUCCUUCCUGUUCUAUCUAGAUCCCCACCACACGCGUCCAGCUCUUCCUUAUCAUUCGGAUCCAUCAAGAUAUACUGACGCGGACAUUGACACCGCCCAUACCCGGAGGCUGCGGCGAUUGCAUGUCAGGGAAAUGGAUCCUAGCAUGCUGAUUGGGUUUCUAAUCAAAGAUGACGAUGAUUGGUCCGAGUGGCGACGCAAUGUUAAGCAUGUGCAAGGCAAGGCCGUGAUACAUGUCGCAGACAACGAUCCUGUUGCUGGAGUAGGCGGUAAAGAGAGAGAGAGUGCGAUUGACGAGGUUGAAACCCUUAGCGAUGACGAUGGAGACACUAUCCUCGAUGUUUGA